AUGGCAAAUUUGCUAUUCAGUGAUGUAGCCUACAAAGCAAGAGACAGAGAAGAUCUGAUAGCAGGACUAGACGAGUUUUUGGAUGAAGUCACAGUCCUUCCUCCUGGCGGGUGGGAUCCAAAGGUUCGGAUAGAGCCACCCAAAAAAGUGCCCUCUGCAGAGAAGAGAAAAUCUGUGUUUUCUCUGAGCGAAGCAACCCAGAUGAACGGGGCAGUUGGAGGAGCAGCAGGGGGUGGGGGUGGGGGCAACGAAGAUGAUGAUCUUCCUGCUGUCCAUGAAAUUGGGGAAGAGCUGAUCUGGACUGGACGGUUCUGCGGGGGGAUGUAUUUGGAUCUGAAGAGGAAGCUGCCCUGGUUCUUCAGCGACUUCUAUGAUGGCUUCCAUAUCCAGUCAAUCUCUGCUGUGCUCUUCAUCUACCUGGGCUGCAUCGCCAAUGCCAUUACAUUUGGUGGCUUGUUGGGGGACGCUACUGACAACUACCAGGGCGUCAUGGAGAGCUUCCUGGGAACUGCCAUUGCGGGCGCCGCCUUCUGCUUGCUGGCAGGGCAGCCCCUCAUCAUCCUGAGCAGCACAGGGCCCAUCCUCAUCUUUGAGAAGCUGCUCUAUGAUUUCAGCAAAGGUAACAGUAUUGAUUACCUAGAGUUUCGCCUCUGGAUCGGCUUACACUCAGCGGCCCAGUGCCUUAUUCUGGUGGUUACAGAUGCCAGCUUCAUAAUUAAGUACAUCACUCGCUUCACUGAAGAAGGCUUCUCCACUCUGAUCAGCUUCAUAUUCAUCUAUGAUGCGGUUAAAAAGAUGAUUGGAGCCUUUAAGGUCUACCCUAUCAAUAUCAACUACAAUCCAGACUAUGUGACUAUGUAUAAAUGUGAAUGCAUAGCUCCAGAUGCAGCAAAUACAACAUUGUUCAAUGCUUCAGUUCCAUUGGUACCAAACAAUGUUAAUAUUUCUAUGUAUAAUCCUAUUAAUGUAACAGUUCUGGACUGGACUCAGUUGAGCAAAAAGGAAUGCCUGAAAUAUGGAGGAAGUCUGGUGGGGACGUCUUGUAAAUUUGUCCCCGAUUUGGCCCUCAUGUCUUUCAUUCUCUUCUUUGGAACAUAUUCCAUGACUCUGACUCUGAAAAAGUUCAAGUUUAGUCGCUAUUUUCCAACCAAGGUCAGGAGCCUAAUUGCUGACUUUUCCAUUGUCUUCUCCAUCUUGUUCUUCUGUGGAAUAGAUUUUUGUUUUGGACUGGAUACUCCCAAGUUGCAUGUGCCCAGUAUCAUUAAGUUCCGUAAACUUAUUAGUGACUUCUCUAUCUUCAUGUCCAUACUAAUGUUUGUUGGUCUUGAUGUUUUGUGUGGGCUGAACACUCCAAAACUGCAAGUGCCUACAGAAUUUAAGCCCACCCGCCUCGAUCGAGGGUGGUUUGUGUUCCCCUUUGGAAAAAAUCCUUGGUGGGUCUACUUGGCAAGUGCACUUCCGGCUCUUUUGGUCACUAUCCUGAUCUUCAUGGAUCAGCAAAUUACAGCCGUGAUUGUGAACAGGAAGGAACACAAGCUGAAGAAAGCCGCAGGCUACCAUUUGGACUUGUUCUGGGUUGGAGUCCUCUUGGCAGUGUGUUCAUUCAUGGGGCUACCCUGGUAUGUGGCAGCCACUGUAAUUUCCAUAGCACACAUUGAUAGUUUGAAGAUGGAGACAGAGACCAGUGCGCCAGGAGAACAACCGCAGUUCCUAGGAGUGAGGGAGCAGAGAGUCACGGGGAUUCUUGUCUUCCUUCUGACUGGGAUUUCGGUCUUUCUGGCACCUAUUCUCAAGUAUAUCCCCAUGCCAGUCCUGUACGGGAUCUUCCUCUACAUGGGAGUGGCCUCACUCAAUGGCAUUCAGUUUUGGGAGCGCUGCAAACUCUUCUUGAUGCCGGCCAAACACCAACCAGAUUAUGCCUACCUACGUCAUGUGCCCCUUCGAAAAAUCCAUUUGUUCACUACCACUCAGAUUAUCUGCUUGGCCAUCCUCUGGAUCCUGAAAUCCACAGUGGCAGCCAUUAUCUUCCCUGUGAUGAUUUUAGCCUUAAUUUUAGUCCGGAAGAUGUUGGACUUUGUCUUUUCCCAGCAUGAUCUGGCUUGGAUUGAUAACAUCAUUCCUGAAAAAGAGAAGGUGGAUGACAAGAAGAAAGAAAAGAAAAAGAAAGGCCGAAGAACCGAGGAGGGGCACCCUGAGGAGGAGAAGAAUCUUCCAGUUGGAGUUUUGCAUUCUGAUUCCUCCCCUAACAAUUCUGAUCCAGAUCGCAGUAUUACACUUCAUUUGAAGAUUUCCUGCCCAUCUUCUCCAGCCUUUAGCUAUUCUCGAAGCCCCAUCUGUACGGUACCCCAGGUGAAGAUAGAGAUGGGAUCCAAUUAUGAAGAUACCGACACCGAGAGACAGCACCCACAGGACAUGGGCAGUGAAACGACCCUCUAGUCUCCACAUGCCUUCCCCCCACCCUUGUAUUAUAAACCCAGAGGUCACUGGAUGUUCCUGGGCCUUAUCCAACACUAAAGAAUUGAACACAAACAUUAGAUGAGUUGUGGAACUGUGAGGAACACAGAGACUUUUACUCAGACAUUUGUGGGAAAGAUAGUUCAGGAUCCCAUUCUAUGGGGAUAAAGGAGUUUCUUAGACUGGAAGCAAUUUUAGCUUAUCAGAUUGCAUCCUUGUUGAACAUUGUGAUGAGAUGUUCCCGGCAUUCUUCAGCAUCUUUAACUUGAACUUAUUCUGUGUUGCCACAGCCUGGAAUUCAGUUGAGCCACUAGCUGAGCGUUUAAUCCAAGGAGCCAUAAAACCUCCCCUCAGAUGGCUCACUUUUUUUGCAGACACUUCUUGACUAAACCUAAAUUUCUAAGUAACAAAGCAGUCCCAAGCUAUGAUUUGAGCAAAUGGAUGGAACACUCCCAUUGCAUUCAUCCAUUCCUACCAAAUGGUUAGAAGGAAAUGGAUCUGUGCUUUUCUAGACAAGAAAAAAAACAGCUGUGUUGAAAACGUUGAGCUGGCUUUCCAUCCCCCCCUUCCUGCCAUCCUGCUUUCUGUGGAUGUCUCAAUGAGGCCAAAAUCUAACCACGGAAAGAAAAUUAAGCUUAUUGUUGCUGUCCUCUUUAACCAAAACCCUAUUUCUCUCUUCUCAAAAUGGAUCUGAUGAUGAGCUAUACAUCCCCCAGCAGAAACUUGUUGCAUUGACAUCAUGGUAACCAUCCUUGCCACCAUGAUGGCAACACAGCAUUAGUGGCAAAACAGCUGGCAUCAUAAUUUUAUUAGGAAAGUGAAUGAACCCCAAUUAUAGCUUUUAAUAAAUAUGAAGAUUUAUAUUUUUCUUGUGACAUAGCAUAAAAGGCAAAAUUGGACUUUGAAGAAGUGGAAUAGAUAAAAUAUUGAUGAUUUGGGGUGCUGUUAAGACUCUUGAGAAUACCAUGGCAGCAAGGAAAAUAAACAACUAAAACAAAUCAUUCAGUUCUGAGGCACAAAUGACCAGCUCAAAUGACCAAAUCCUGAAGUCUUGUAUCCUAAAGCUUUUGUAGAAAGGAUAACCAGCGGAUCGAACGGAUUCCAUUGCAACAGCAAUGAGUGCACCAUUAAGAGACCUCUAGAUUGAAGUAUACUAGAGAAAGCCUAGAACAUACUAUCUAAUUACUAAGAAUAUCAAUUUCGUAUUUAAUCACACUUGUUUUCUUUUCCCUGGUAUCCAUCCAAGUUUUGGAGCAUUUAUGUUUGCUGAUGGCUAAAAAAUAAACCAGCCUUUUCCAUUGUGAA